AUGAGAGUGGAGCCUGAAACGGCUUACAUCAUGAUUGUUUUUGGCAUUCUGGCUGUGCUCAUUUGGGUCUUCUGGAGCUUCUCUCACAACAUGAGGAGCAAAAAUGACCAGAGGAGAUGUGAGCGACACAUCCAAAUCUUCACUAUUGAGAGGAGGCCCAGCGCUUUUCCUCCAUCAUAUGAAGAGUCCCAGAGUCAAGUCUGUCCGAGCAAUCCACCUGAAGUGAUGGUGUCCAUCAACAGGGCGGACAUGUUUCUUGCACCGCCGCUGUACAGCCAGGACAGUUCUGACGUCAACGACUGCAGGUGGUGUUGGGAGCAUCCACCUCGAUACAGUCUAGUUGUGCAGACUCCACACAGACAGGUGUAUGCAGGUGCUGCGGAGGGAUGUCUCCUCAAACUGAACGAGGAAGUGUCAUUGAUCAGAAAGGAAUAAAGACGAAAGAGAAACUCCCAUGCAAAAUGUUUGCAGGUGUUUGUUUCAUUUAAUGUGUGUUGACGGUUUUAUUUCUGAAUCCCUAACAAGAGGAGG